AAACAAAUCUAUGUUUUAUCAUGACUGUUGGACUCUUGCUCUGUCAGAGAGGCACUGCAAGUGUAGCCACAAAAAAACAAAAAAAAACAGAAAAUCUCUUUAUAAUUUUAGUUAAAAAGAUUGACAUCUGCAUGUCUGCUCUGGCUGGAAAAGUUCUAAUACUUUGCCUGCUGUGGGCAUGUAUGACUGCGUGCGAGUGUGAGCUGGCCAUGUUUGGGGAGGUGUCUUCUCCACAGUACCCUCAACCAUAUCCGGGAGAAAUCCUGGAGCAAUGGGACCUGAAGGUGCCCGAGGGGUAUCAGAUCCAGCUGACUUUCACUCAUCUGGAUAUUGAGCCCUCUCCAAACUGUGGUCAUGAUUCUCUCAUUCUUGUGUCGGAAAAGAAGGUUCUGGGGAAGUUUUGUGGCCAGAGUUCUACAGACAGGUUCCACCCAGGAGACAAACCCAUCGUUGUACCUGGCUGUGGAGCUCCAAAACCCCUGUUAAAUGGAGGUGUUCGGUUUAUCAAUGGAUCAGUCAUUGAGUAUUACUGCAAUGAGCCAUUCUACACAUUUGAAGGAACCCCUAAUGUAAGAUAUACUUGUACAGAAGACCAGAGAUGGACAGCGGAUGACAACAAUGACAGCAUUCCUCCUUGUGUUCCUGAAUGUGGAAAGAACACAGAAGACCUUGGUGGAAGAAUCUUUGGUGGGAAGCCAGCCAGAUUGGGACAGAUUCCCUGGCAACUCUUUCAUAGGCAAAAUCCCAGAGGUGGUGCAUCUCUGAUCAGUGAUUACUGGGCCAUUACAGCUGCUCAAAUGGUAGACGGAUUUGAAAACACCAACAUGUCUUGGCUUGGAGGAAUAAUCAACAGUCAGGACGAAAACCCAGUCACUCUGAAGACUGAGAAGAUUAUAAUUCACCCAAAUUAUCAGAGGGUUUCUUUAUGUGGUAGUCAAGAAAACUAUGAUAAUGACAUUGCAUUGAUUAAAAUGUCUGCUAGAGUCCCACUUGGUCCAAACAUCAGGCCAGUGUGUCUGCCAAACAAAACAGAUGAACCCGUGGAGGGCACAGUCUCAGGUUUUGGAAGAUUUGAAAAAGGAAUUAGUAAAUAUCUGCUUUAUGGACAUGUCCAGAUACAUCCACUUGAUGAAUGUAAUUCAGUAGGUUUGCCUGUCACUGAUAACAUGAUCUGUGCUGGAGGAGACGAAGUAGACAGUUGUCAGGGUGACAGUGGUGGUCCUUUGUUUUCUCCUGUUCUGGGCUAUGGGUCUCCAGAAAGCCCCUAUAGUCUUACAGGCAUUGUAUCAUGGGGCCCUUCUGGAUGUGGAAGAUUUAGGGGCUACUAUACUAGUCAAAACUACCUAGAGUGGAUCAAGGAAACCAUGGAAAAAAACUAACAUUGGUGGAAAAAAAUUAUAUUUACCAAAUUUCUCUCUGCUAUAUGGGCAUCUGCUAUUUGCAUAUAUGGUUCAGCACUUGUAAACUUCAGUUAAAAUCCAAUAAAAUAAUUUCCAUAAACAGUAUAAA